UUCAUUUUGAAAAGGGUUACCGGAAGUAGCUCUCACCGCAUAGUUAGCUCGACACUGUUUUAAAAAAGAGGGGGAGGUAAGUAAUUAUUUAGGGGGAAGAAAGAAAGAAACAAAGUUGUCGACCGUGCAAUGCACACGGGGAGGGAUUUUAUUUAUUUCGGGCGACUCGUUUAGUCCGGCACCGGUCUGCUGGGAUGGAAGUGUAACGGCGCACCGGUUUCCUUCAUUUCCUUCUCUCUCUCUCUCCAAACUUCUCCGCUACUAUUUCCCGGACAGGACUUCUCCUUUGAAAACGGGACUGAUAAAAGCAGCCGAGCAGAGGCGAAUGGACGGACGGACUGAGGAGUCUAGCGAGUGCCGUGUGUGUGUUUUCAGUUGCCUGAGUUAAAGUUGAACGUGUUAACGUUAUUUAAGUUUUUUUCCGAUCGCAUUUCGCCCUGCGAUGAAUGGAUGAAAAAGUCGGGUGAGUCGACUAUCUGUGCACAAACGGAUGUAUUUUCUUGUCUACACUGGACCCACAUGAAGUGGUGAUAGCCUGCAUCCCGCUGAACAUCUCCGCUUUGUGGAAAAAAAGAAGAAAAUUCAAACGGGAGAGACACCCCCACACCGCACUGGAUAACCAAGAUAACAAACCGACUUUACUCAAGUGUAUUUCAGACAGUUUAACUAAUGCAGAUACAGAUGUGGAGCCACAUGAGGGUCCACAAAGGAGGCCCUCCACGACCAUAGGUCACGCUGAAGUGUCCAGGAUGUAGGUUUCUCCUUUUUCCUGGCUGGAUUGACUUGAACUAUUAACCUAGUAAUUGGCUAAUAAUCCAAUGGAUUCUUUCUCACCACAGCCUACCUGUGCCUGUGGAUUUUCCACAUUUGGGCAAACCAGAUGACUCAAGAGGACUUUAGUCAUGUAACCACCCUGAAAUGUCUUAAAAGUCUUAUUUAUCCAUUUUGUAUUUAUUGUGUGUAUAUAAUGGUAUUUUUUUUUUAAAGCUUUGUGCUAGUUUCAAGGCCAGCUUUUAAUUUCUUAGUAAGAAUUUGAAAGCUGCAAUUUCAUCUGUUGUAGUGAAAACUGUAGAUUUACUUGAACAUCUUUGUUCUGCUGUAUAUCUACCCACACUGUAUUGAGCACAUUAAUCUGUUAUUUAAAGGGGGAGCUGUAUCACUUGACUUUGCCCAGACAGGCACUAAAAGGCUUCAUCAUGGACAGGCCGAUAAGCAAGUUAUUGGAGAAGUUAAAGCUAACUGACUCGGGCAGUGUGAAAUUCAACAGUUCAAAGAAAAAACAUGACUCUGCCAACAACUCUAAUAACAGCAACGCCAACACUGGCAUCUCCGGAGGCAGCGGUGGGGGCAGCAGUCUACCACCAGCUCCCAGCUCUGCAGCUGCCUCGCCCUCGAGACCCAGCCAGUUCUCGCUUGCCUCUGCAACCACAAGCGAUGCAUGUGUUCCAGUGAGUGGGAGAGGAGGAGGAGGAGGAGGAGGGGGGGGAGGAGGAGGGAUGGGAAUGCCUCCCUCUCAGCUCCUCUCCCCACCGUCGUCUUCCUCCACGGUCGGUGCCAUACCUCAAGAUGGCGAGCAACCACUUCACCCUUCCACCUUGGCACCACUGAGGCGUCGCUCCCCCCAGCAGCGAGCUUCCUGUUACCUGGGUGAAGGCAUGGAUUCCCACCUGAGGCGUGAGUCCGGCCUGGGCCUCGAGUAUGACCCUAUGGGAGCGUUUGGCUCCAGGUCGUCCCUCAAUCAACGGCGCUACUCCCUGGAGCUCCAGCAGCUGGUCAAACGACAGCAGGUCCUCUCUCAGCCGCCGCCUCUCUCUGUUCCUCCACCGUACUCUGCCUCCAUGGGCUAUGGGUCGGCCCCCAGGUGUGGUGGAGGCGGCCUGGCAGAGCCUGGCUACCUCGCCGAGCCUGAGAGGCACAAACGCCUCUCUCUCCAGGAGGCCAUGUUCUACAAACGCCUGAGCACGGGCAGUGAACUGUGGGAGAGCACCAGACCUGCAUCCCUCUCCCAUCCACUGCAUCGCACAUCUGAUGUGACCGGAGGAGGUGUAGGAGGCUUCUUUUAUCCCCCAGGACCUACUCUGAGCCCAUGCUCGUCAUUCAGCCUCCAGGAGUCGCUGCUGGUCAGCCCCAGGUCCAGCUUUGCCUCCAGCACGGCCAGUGGCGGCGGCGGAGGAAGCCCCAUGGGGAGCCGCUGCAGCAGCAACCGGACCAGUGGCAUCAGCCUGGGCUAUGACUCUCGCUACUCCGCCUCUGGAGGCCUCCCCCCACAGCAGCAGUCACCCUCCAUGCAGACAGGGGGAUCCGCAGCUGGUUAUGGAGCUCCAGGCAGGGCCGGGGUGACCCCUGUGGAGGCCUGGACACCAUACCUCGAGGGAGGGAUGCGUCCAGGGGCGUAUGAUAGCCGACACUCCUACCCACCUGCUGUUGGAACUCCAGGAGCAGCGUGCUACCAGGCUGGUUCAGAGUGGUGGGAAGAGCAGCAGACAGGAGUCCGAGGCAAAGAGGGGGUUGUGAUGGGAGACAGGGCCCGAUACUCGGACCUGCCUGGCACCCGGUACCAGGAAGAGCUCACUCGACUUCUACUGAGAGACGAUGCGCUGGCAGGUGGGGGGCUCCUGGAGGGCCUGAUGCUGAAAGAGCAGUCCCUGGCCCUGACGGCUCUUUCCAAACCGAGCAUGACAACACAGGGGCCUUGCUCAGCUGGAGGUCCGGGCAAACCUCAAGAGGAUCCAGGACUCGGAUCUGGAAGGGAGGCCGUGGAGAACCGCCAGGAGUUCUUUGGAACCUGUGGAAAGUGUGGAAAAGGCGUGUACGGGGCGGAUAAUGCCUGCCAGGCUCUGGAUAGCCUCUAUCACACACGCUGCUUCACCUGUGUGUCCUGUGGACGCACCCUAAGAAACAAGGACUUCUACAAUGUCAAUGGCUCUGUGUACUGUAAAGAGGAUUACAUGUUUUCAGGAUUCCAGGCUGCUGCUGAGAAGUGUAGUGUGUGUGGCCACCUUAUCCUUGAACAGAUCCUGCAGGCUAUUGGGAACUCGUACCAUCCCACCUGUUUUCGCUGCAUGGUGUGCUCCAAGGCUCUGGAUGGGGUGCCUUUUACCGUGGACCAUCAAAGCAAAAUCUACUGCGUGGCAGACUACAACAAGACUUUUGCCCCAAAGUGCGCCGCCUGUUUACAACCCAUCUUACCUACUGAGGGCAGUGAAGAGAUCCUCAGGGUCGUGUCUAUGAACAAGGACUAUCACUUUGAGUGCUACUACUGCGAGGAGUGUGGUAAGCAGCUCUCUGAUAAGCCUGGCUCGCAGUGCUUCCCUCUGGACUCUCAUCUCCUCUGCCACUCCUGUCACAUGAGCAGAGCGUGCGCCACACACAUUUCCUCUCACAACACCUACUGAUCAGCACCUAUGCAGCUGUGGAUGUUUGGAAAAAGCUGGUCUUAACAUGUCAUGCGACUUUUUCUGAAGAUGUAACUGCUGAUAUUCAGAAAUGUCCACUGAUUCACUUUUUCUUUGGAACCUUUUGUCACAUGUACUGCCUGCUGUACUUCUUGUACUAUUACUGUACCAUAGUUAUAAGGGAAUGGAAAAGAAACUACUGCUUUUUUUUUUUACCCCAAUGUGGCUACGGUUUGCUGUAGAAGAACAAGGGAUUUUGCUUAACUGUUUUGUACAUAUUAUCGCUAGCAAACAUUUUGCACUUAAAUUUGACUUUACUGUAAGACAUUGGUUACAUGAAGCUGUACAAUUUGGGGAAAUACAUUACUGUAAUUUCUGUUGUAAUAAAUAUUUUCAUUUGUGUUCA